AGAACACUUUCUCUUUUCGGCUCCGGUCCUUCUCUCGUCUCUCUCCAAGUAAAAGUUUGAAAACCCUCACAAAAUCAGACAAAAUCGCGACAAAUGCUCUGUCUGUCUAACGAGCAAAACCCUUAAACCUCUCUCUCUCUCUCUCUCUCUCUCUCUCUCGCUUGUAGAGCAAAAUACAUGCUAACUAUUUCAAGAAUGAGGUCUCUCUUAACCCCAACGUUCUCAUCCUUCUCUUCUCACCUCCCCGAAGCUACUCCUCUGGCGCUGUUUUCGUUUGCCUCCAAAUCGUUGUCAUGCAGCCCCACGACUUUCCGAAACCCCUGUUUCGUCCCUCUAAAAUCUGCAAUCUUUUCAUCCAAAUCCUCAUUUCUUUCAAUCCAAAACCGUGGAGUGCAUACGGAGGUGGCUCCACCGUCGUCGGCCGGAGAGAUUCACGUGAUCGUCGGCCCCAUGUUCGCCGGCAAAACCACCGCGCUUCUGCGCAGGAUUCAGUCUGAGAGCAGCAAUGGCAGCUUUCAGGUUGAGCCUUACAAAGGUCACCGCCAAUUGGAUAAAACAUUAAAGGGUCUUUGUAUAUCGGGAAGAUUGAGGGAAGCUGUUGGGCUGUUGUGCACUACAGGACUGCGAGUGGAGCCAGGGACCUAUGCUCUUCUGUUGCAGGAAAGCAUAUUCAGGAAAGAGUAUCAGAAGGGGAGAAGAAUCCAUGCACAAAUGGUUGUUGUCGGGUAUGAUCCCAGUGAAUAUUUGAAAACUAAAUUGUUGAUAUUGUAUGUGAAAUUAGGGGAUUUAGGAAUGGCUCACGUUCUGUUUAAUGAAUUGCUCGAGACGAGCUUGGUUUCGUGGAAUGCAAUGAUUGCAGGGUAUGUGCAAAGGGGGCUUGAAGAAGUGGGGUUAAAUCUUUAUUACAAGAUGAGACAGACUGGUUUUGUACCAGACCAGUUUACCUUUGCAUCAGUCUUUAGAGCCUGUGCCACUCUAGCAACAAUUGAGCAUGGGAAGCAGGCCCAUGGUGUCAUGAUAAAGUGCCAAAUCAGGGAAAAUGUAGUUGUCAAUAGUGCUCUCAUGGACAUGUACUUUAAAUGCAGCAGUUUAUCUGAUGGGCAUCAGGUAUUUGACAAGUCUUUAAAUAGGAAUGUUAUUACGUGGACUGCUUUAAUAUCUGGGUAUGGUCAGCAUGGAAAAGUUGUAGAGGUUUUGGAAUCCUUUCAUAGGAUGAAACAUGAAGGUUACAAACCAAAUUAUGUUACUUUUCUUGCAGUUCUCUCAGCUUGUAGCCAUGGAGGUUUGGUUGAUGAGGGUUGGGCAUAUUUUUCAUCUAUGUCCAGAGAUUAUGGUAUUCAGCCAAGAGGGCAACAUUAUGCAGCUAUGAUUGAUCUUUUAGGGCGUGCUGGCCGGUUACAAGAGGCGUAUGAGUUUGUUCUGAAUGCACCUUGUAAGGAGCACUCAGUGAUAUGGGGUGCUUUGCUUGGGGCUUGUUUGUGGGACAACGUUGCCGAGGUUAGGGCUGUGAUGAGGGAAUCGGGGGUCAUAAAAGAAAAUGUGGCAAUAGUAAAAUCAAAUAAGGAUACAAGAUAUGGAUUGGAUUCGAUUGUGACACAUGAUGGGGUGAAACUACCAUGUUGGGCCUUGCCAAAUUUGUCAUCAUUCAGACAAAAAUUUGGCCUUGAUGCAUAUGAUCAGUUAGAUGUGAUUGGUAUUGAUGAAGCUCAAUUCUUUGAGGACCUUUAUGAUUUCUGUCGUGAAGCUGCUGAUCAUGAUGGCAAAACAGUAAUAGUUGCUGGACUAGAUGGUGACUAUUUGAGGAGGAGCUUUGGUUCUGUGCUAGACAUAAUUCCCCUUGCUGAUUCUGUGACCAAAUUAACUGCUCGCUGCGAACUUUGUCAUAAUCGUGCUUUCUUCACCUUAAGGAAAACAGAGGAGAUACAAACAGAACUGAUCGGCGGGGCUGAUGUAUACAUGCCGGUUUGUCGGCAGCACUAUGUUAGUGGACAAGUAGUCAUGGAAGCUGCAAGGAGCGUGCUGGAAUCUCAGAAAGUUCAGUGUGUCUCAAAUGCAUAAUUUAACUACUUGGUAGGAUAUCUGGAUUUUCCUACCAAUACCAUGGCCUUUCAGUUGGUCUUCACAACUUGGUAGUGAAACUGCAAUGGUGUUAGAAAUGUUCUCUCUUAGGGCCCUUUUAAGAGUGUACAUAUAGUCAAAUCUGCUUCUGUGGUGAAUUUACAAUAGACGCUUUGAUUACCAUCAAUGUACAUGCUGGGAGGCAGAAGAUUCUUGUGAAUUUGGAUUUAUUGUUGCGAUUUGUGUUCAUUUAUGGUAAUGAAAAUAUUAACCCUUUGCA